AUGAAUAUCCAAACAAAGGGGCCCCUCGAUGGGGGGCCCCAAGCAGCAGAGCCGCCGGGGCCCCCAGAGCCCCUCGGUGCACCCCUGCCUGCAGCAGCAGCAGCAGCAGACGUAGAAGCAACUGCAGUACGAGAAGAGGCUGCAGCAAGAGUAGGAGGGGCAUCGCCGGCAGCGGCAGCAGCGACAGCAGCGGCAGCUACAGCAGCAGCUACAGCAGCAGCAGCAGCAGCAGCAGCAGCAGCAGCAGCAAAUGGGACUCGGCCCCUCUCGCGCAGCUGCUGCCUCUUUAUCCGGGAAACCCUCUGUCGCAUGCAGAAAGCAGCGCCAGGCGGCCGCAGGGGGAAGCCAAUAAGGGAAGCAGCAGCAGCAGCAGACGCUGCCUUAGUAGACCUACUGGAGCAGCAGCAGCAGCAGCAGCAGCCUGUAGAGGCCGCAGCAGUAGUUGAUGGCGGGUGUCGUGAGAAUGGUGCAGCAGCAGCAUCUGCUGCGACAGCAGCACCUGCUGCAGCUGCUGCUGCUGCUGCUGCUGCUGCUGCUGCUGCAGGUGCUGCAGUACUAGUGCCUGCGUCUUCGCCUUUCUUUCCUUUUCUUUUAUAUACUUUCAAAUUGUGUCUCUCUGGAGACCAGCCGAAGCUGCAGCUGCUGGCGCUCGAGGCAGCCAAUCUGCUGCUGUCUCUGGGUGCUCUACCCUCAGCAGCAGCAGCAGCAGCAGCAGCAGCAGCAAGUGCACAGCCAGCAAGCAAGCAGCAGCAGACGGGGCACAGCCGGCCCCAGCAAGUGCCCGUUGCGGGUGAGGUGCAGCAGCAGCAGCAGCAGCAGCAGCAGCAGCAGCAGGCUGGCGUGUCUCCGGUUGCAGCCUCGCCAGAAGCAGCAACGCCUACAAGCCCAACAGCAGCAGCAGCAGCAGCAGCAGCAGCGGCGGAGGUGGAAGGCACUGUGGAGUAUUUGACGGAGGCCAUAGGGCACUUAGCAGCAGCAGCAGCAGCAGAAGACCCCGUGCUGCUGCAAGUAGUGCGGUGUCUGCUCACAGCCUUAACAGCAGCAGGGGCCCCCCUGCAUGGGGGGCCCCUCUUGGGGGCCCUUUCAUCUCUAUUUGCUGUUUGUGUCACAGCAGCAGCAGAUGACAUAGCCAGAGCUUCUCAUGCUGCGCUGCUUCAGGCCCUGGAUGCUGCUGUCCACAGAGCUGCUGCUGCUGCUGCUGCUGCUGUUGGGCGUGCGGGGGCACGUGCAGCGGCAGCAGCACCAGCGGAAGCAGCAGCAGCUGGGCAUAAGAGACAGGAAGCUGCAGCUGCAGCGGCUGCUGCAGUAGAAGAGGCUGCAGCAGCAGCAGCCGCAGCAGCAGCUGCCGAAGGCGCGGCGAGCCCGCAGCCAGCAGCAGAAGCAGGAGCUGCUGCCAGCGCUGCUGCUGCUGCAGCAAAUCCGCGCAGAAUCACUGCAGCAGCUUUGAAUGGGCCUCCAGCUGAUGCUGCUGCUUCGGGGGCCGAAGAAGCAGCAGCAGCAGUGAAUGAGCCGCAGGAGGCAGCACACGCAGCAGCUGCUGCUGCAGCACCAGAUGCAGCAAAAGCAGCAGCAGCUGCUGCUGCUACUGCAGCGGAGCAUUCUGAUGCAGAAGUAGCAGCGAUGCUCGCGGCGAGCGCAGUAGUGGACAGACCAGCAGGUGCAGCAGCAGCAGCAGCAGCAGCAGCAGAUUCAGCAGCAGCAGCAGCAGAUUCAGCAGCAGCAGCAGCAGCAGACUCGGAGAAACUGUCUUUUGUGUCAAGGGUUAACUUGCCAGCAGAAGCGGAAGCGGACGGGAUUGCAGCAGCAACAGAUGCCACAGCAGCAACAACAGCAACAGCAGCAGAAACACCGCAGGCGUUGCAGUCGCCGGCAGCAGCAGCGUCGGCAAGAGCCGCAACAGCAUCAGCAGCCGCGUCAGCAGCAGCUGCGGCUGCAGCAGCUGCAGCAGCAGAAGCAACUGCUGCAGCAGCAGCUGCUGCUGCUACUUCUCCCCUAGCUGCCGAAACGCCUGCGAGCGAGCUUUCAGCAGUUGACAGCGGGCGGCAGCCUACCUGCAGCAACAGCAGCAGCAGAAACAGCAGCAGCCGCAGCCGCCGCCACCACAGCAGCAGCAGCAGCAGCAGCAGCAGCAAGCUUUCCUACCGGCCGGUGCUGCUGGAAGUGAGAGAUCUGCUGCUGACGCUGCAGGCCCUUUGCCGCAUUGCAGAUGGCGAGGGGCCCCUCAGGGGGCCCCCCAGGGGGCCCCCUCACGACAGCAGUUUGGAAGGGGCCCUUGGGGCCUCAAGAAGCAGACGCAGCAAACGCCUGGCCCUGGAAAUGAUUCUUGCUGUUGCCCAGAGCUUGCCUAAGGCGUUGUGGGGAGACCCAUCUCUCGUGCUGCUGCUGCGGCAGCAGCUACUGCCUGCACUUGGCCGUAGCCUGCAGGACGCAGCCCUGUGUCGGAUGGGUCUGGAGAUUAUGCUGCGAGUUGCAGAAACAGCUGAGGGGCCGCUGCUAGUAGAUGUGAGUAUGUUUGUGGGAGAGAUGGUGGCGCCGCUGCUGCAGGCAGCGCAGCCGCACCCGCAGCAGCUGCAGCAGCAGCAGCAGCAGUCCGUGUCGCAGCAGCUGGCCGCGCUGGCCUUUCUUGCGCGGCUCUUUCGCGCUGUGCCUCUGCUGCUGCCGCUUUUAUUUGCUGCUUUCGAUUUGGCCUACGAGGGCGAAGACGUGCUGCUGCAGGUUGUACAGACACUGCAGCGCCACGCUGCAGCAGGGGACGCAGGAGCCGCGCCAGGCCUGCAGCAGCAGCAGCAGCGGGAGUUGCGUGCUGCAGCAGUUGCUGCACUAUCUUCCUUAGCUGUGGCACUCAAAGACUGCAGGCGAGGGCGGCCAGGCAAAAGCAAAGAAAGCCCCAAAAGCCACCCACAAGAGCAGCAGCAGCAGCAAACGAAUCUGCAUGCAAGUGGAGGCAGCAAACUCUCCCUGGAGUCUUCGUUCUCCCCAGAGACGCCCACCACGCUCGGCGCAGAAGAGCAGCAGCAGCAGCAGCAACAACAACAGCAGCAGCAACAGCAGCAGCAGAAGCAGCAGCAGCAAGAGCAGCAGGGUGAGGUCCAAGAUGGGCGGAGCGAACAGCAGGCAGAGGCUGCAGCUCUCACUAAUUCUCUGGGCAGCAACAGCAGCCCGACAAGCAGCAGCAGCAGCAGCAGCAGCAACAGGCACCUGGCAGAGGAGGUGCGGCGGCGCCGCGAGUGGAAGCGCCGGCUGUAUGCUGCCGUCGAAAGCUUCAACAGAAAACCCUCAGAAGGGCUGCAGCAGCUGCUGCAGCUGAAGGGUUUGCCGGACUCGCCGGAGGCAGCGGCGCUGCUGCUGCUGCAGCAGCGGGGCCUCAGUAAAGCUGCUGUGGGCGAAUUGCUGGGGGGAGACUCAGAAGCCUCCAGGGCUUUGCUGUCAGCUUUUCUGCAGCGUUUGAGUUUUGCUGGCCGCCCCAUUGAUGAAGCCCUUCGCCUUUUUUUGUCUCUCUUCCGGCUGCCUGGGGAGGCGCAGAAGAUCGACCGCAUACUUGAGCGUUUUGCUGAGCGCUACUUUCAAGACAACAGUAGCGACGGCAGCAGCAGCAGCAGCAGCAGCAGCCAAAGCAGCAGCCAAAGCAGCAGCGGCAGCGGCCCCAGUGCUGAAGGAGAGGCGCGCACCGGCAGCAGCGACACUGCCGGAGAUCCCAAAGGGGCUCUUUCGCGCAAGCUCAGCAGCAGCAGCAGCCAGCAGCAACUGCAGCAGCAGCAGCAGCAGCCUGCGGACGCGGACGAGCUGAGUGUGCGUAGCUACAAGCUGCCGUCUGCAGACUGCUGCUACAUUUUGUCUUUUUCGCUGAUUAUGCUGCACACGGACUUGCACUCGAAAGAAGUGAAGCCGAGCCGGAAAAUGACAAAAAUGGAAUUUGUCAAAAACAACAGAGGCAUCAACGAAGGCAAAGAUUUGCCCCAGCCCUUUCUGGAGGCCCUUUACAACAGAGUGGCUAAGGAAGAGUGGGUACUGCCUGACCAGAGCACGGGGGGCCCCCUGCAGCAGACGCGGGGGGCCCCCCUAGGGCGGGCCUUUCAAGGGGCGGUGAAGCCCUGGGGGGCCCCCCUGGGGUCCCGGGGCCCCCGCUGGCUCGUGGGUGCGCACCGGGCGGAACUGCAGCAGUUGCGACAGCAGCAGCAGCAGCGGCAGCAGCAGCGGCAGCUGCAGCUGAGCAGCAGAGUCCUGUACGAGGACGAGCUGGGCGAGCUGGUGCACUUCAUGCUGGACGCUGUGGGGCAGCUUGUGCUGCAGGGACUUGCUGCUGUGGUGGGGGACUUGGGGGCCCCCGAGGCAGCAGCAGAAAGCGCAGUGGAGGGCCUGGGGGCCCUCUUGACACUUUGCUGCAGCGAAGGGCAAGGGGGCACAAGGGACGAAACAGCUGCGACUUUGCGCACGCUGUCGCAGCUGCACCGGGCGGGACAGCAGCUGCUGCAGCGCAGGCACGUUGUGGCGGCGCAGCAGCUGCUGCAGGCAGCAGCAGAAGAAGGGGACCAGCUUGAAGCUGCUUGGAUCCACGUGCUGCUGCUGCUGUCGCAGCUCGACUUCCUGCAGACAGCCCACUGCCAGGCGAUGAAGGCUGCGGACUCAGCGGUGAGAGAAGAGAGGCGGCAAAGGGUGAAUGCCCACAAGAGCGCGUCAGCAGCAGCAGCAGCAGCAGCAACAGCAGCAGCAGCAACCGCAGCUGCCGCGGCCGUGGCAGCUCCCUUCCUCGUGGACGCAGCCAAACCCCAUGUCCAGCCGCCGCAGCAGCAGCAGCAAGCUCUAGAGGGCGCAGAAAGCUCUUGGGUGCUUGUGUCUUCGCCUGCUGCUGAGGGGGCCCCCAACCUGGCUCGGGGGGGGGGCCCCUUCACGGUCCUAGGCCCCAUGAAGGAGAAUGCGCUGUUUGAGAACAUGUGCCUGAUAGAAAGUUGUUUGGAUUUGUCUUGUGUCGAUUUGCUGUUUUAUUCUUCGGUUCACCUCAGCGACUCGGCCUUUGUGCGGUUCGUGACGGCGCUGCAGCAAGUCUCGUUGCUGGAGCUGCAGCAGCAGCAGCAGCAGCCGCCGCAGCAGCAGCAGCCGCGACUGUUCGGCCUUCAGAAACUAGUGGAGACAGCGGACUACAACAUUGGUCGGGUCCAUCUAAUUUGGGGUUUGCUGCAGCAGCACUUCGUCGCUGCUGCGCUGCAUGCGGCCCUGCCGGUGCGCCUCUGCGCCCUAGACGCGCUGCGUCAGCUAGCCAGUAAGCAGCUGACCCAGCAGCAGCAGCAGCAGCAGCAGCAGGGAGGGGGGCGCAUGCUGCACUUCGAGGAGCAGCUAAUGGUCCCCUUCUUGACAGUUGCUUCUGACCCUCACACCCAAGAUGCUGUGCGGGAAUAUAUUCUUCACAUUUUGAAGCAUCUCGUGGAAGCAAAUGGAACUCAAAUCCGUUUUGGCUGGAGGUCCAUACUUUUGUGUCUGCACUGCGCCGCUGUAGACAUCCUCAGCAAGGCGCCUGCUGCUGCUGCUGCAGCUGCUGCUGCUGCUGCGGCGGCCGCCGCCGCACCCGCGGCGGCGCCGCUAGCAGCAGCAGCAUCCCCAGUGGUAGCAGCAGGCGCGCACUUUAGCCCGCACCCGACAGCAGCAACAGCAGCGGCAGGAGCAGCAGCCGUCGCCGCGGCCGCUGCUACGACAGCGCCGGGCGCUGCAGCAGCAGCAGCAGCAGCAGAAGCAGCAGGGUCAGCGGAGCAGCUGCGGAAGCGGCUGCUGCUGGUCUUUGACAUUUUAGAUGAAGUGCUCAGUCGGCAUGUCUAUUCUCUUGGAGCUGCAAAUAUCUCUCAAGCAACUUCUUCUCUCUCCCUCAUUGCUGCAAACCCUCUUGACCCGCAGCUGGCCGUAAAAGCAGUGCAGGCGCUGGAGGCCACAGCUACUACCAUAGUCCAGCUGGCGGACAAGCAGCAGAAGCAGCAGCUCCCGCAGAAGCAGCAGCAGCAGCAGCAGCCUCUCCAGCAAACGGAAACCUGGGCAGAAACAGAAGCAGCAGCUGCAACUGUAGACGGAACGGCUGCAGACGGCUUUGCUACAGAGGCAGAAGUGCCCGUCGGCGCUUCGCCCCCUUCGGCGCUGCGCGGAUCUGCUCUUGAUGCUGCAGCAGCAGCAACAGCGACAGCAGCAGCAGCAGCAGGAACAGCAGAGGAGAGGACGUCUGCCGGUGCUGCGCUGAGCUUCCCCUCUUUCUUAGCCAUCUUGCUGGCCCUGGGGCAGCUUGCGUGCCGACCUGGUGGCGCGAGAGGCCGCACAGCCGCAGCAGCUGCAGCAGCAGCAGCUGCGCCUGCUGCUGCAGCGGCAGCACGUGGAACAACGGAGGGGCCUGCUGACCCUUCAGCCGUUGGCGGGGGGUUUCCUGCCCCUGCGUCAGCUGGGCAGCCACACACAGGAUCAGCAGCAGCCGGAGCAGCAGCAGCGGCAGAAGCAGCAAGUAGGAGCUUGUCUGUGGACGAUGGGGCCCUUGACGGACUUUUGGGGCUUGGCGCAUGCGGUUUUGCUGGGCCAAGGGAAGCGGCGCUUGCUGCUUUAUUCCGCCUGCUGCAGCAGCACGGGGGCCGUCUUGUGGCUGCCUCUCCAGAAGCAACUGCAGCAGCAGCACCAUCACCGGCAAGGGGUGGUCCGGAGGCCCCAAGCCAGCAGCAGCGGCAACAGCAGCAGCAGCAGCAGCAACAGCAAGCGGGUCUCUAUCCCCCACAAGAGUUGUGGCAAAUAGUGUUGAAGGGCGUUUUGUCUCCUGUUUUUGAGGACCUCUUCUUCGACCUUCACGGCUGCGGGGCCCGCAGAUCUAAACAACAGCGGCAGCAACAGCAACAGCAGCAGCAGCAGCCGCAACAGCUGCUGCAACAGGACAAGCAGGAGCAGCCUCAGCGGCUUACGAACGUAACAGCUGCCUCGCUGUUUGUGGUCCGCAGAGAAACAGAGAACAACGAUCGGGAAAUCAGCGGCAGCAGCACGAACACGGGCGGCGGCAGCUUCAGCAGCAACAGCAGCAGCAGCAGCAGCAUCAGGUCUGGCAGCAAAGAAGAUCAGCUCCGGCUCAACACCGAAGAAGAAACGCUGUGUUGGUUUGCCAUUCGAGCCCUGGGCCGUCUGGUGUACGUACACUUCAAGCAACUGCGGCAUUUGCUCAGACCCUUCGUCGCUCUCAUGCUAGGAGGGCUUAGCGACCCUCCUACGGAGUGUGGGGCCCGUCUCAGCGUGGAGGGGCUUCGCCGGCUGCUGCAGUCUUUGAAGCAGUACCUGCAGCAGCCAGAGGCAGCAGCAGAAUGGCUGGCUGUUGCCGGUGCCGUAGCAGACGCCUUCAGCCAUUCAGCCCCGCGGGCUCUUCUGGCGAGAGCGGCUGUGACGACCCAGGCCCUUCGUCUGUCAUUUGGUCUCUACUUUUCUUCAAUUGAGACCCAAGAUAUAGGCCCCAGCGCGGUAGCCGCUGCUGAAGCGGCUCAGCAACAGCAGCAGCAAAAGCAACGGCAGGGAGAGCAGCAGCAGCAGCAGCAGCAGCAGCGGCAUCUGCAGCAAAGACACCAGCAGCAGCCGCAGCAGCGCCUGCCGCAACAGCAACAGCAAAGAAAGCAGCACCGGCAACGGGAUGACUCCCCAGAGUCUUCGUUUGGCCACCCGCUUGACUGGUUAUUGCAGGAGGGUCUCCGCAGCAGCACCAGCAAAAUGCCAGCAGGCACGGGGCCCCUGCCUGCUGAAGACCGGCAGCUGCUGCUGCGCUGUCUGCCAGAGUCCAUCUGCAGCAGCAGCAGCAGCAGCAACCGGACCCCGACGGCCGUUGGCGGCCACCUGAUGGCGUCGCUCAGGCUUCCCUUUGAUCCCCAGGAUGUCGCAGCAAGAUGUGUAGCACAACUGCUGCUGAUAGACUUGCUGAGGAAAGAGUUCAUUGGGAAUCUUCUGCCAGUGGGGGCCCUCCGGCUUCUAGUCUGCUGUUUGGAGGCCUCAUUUAUUUUCGCUUACUUGUAUAAUCAGCAAGUUUCGUUGCGGCUGUGGCUGCAAAGGUGCGGCUUCAUGGCAGGGCUCAAGCAGCUCCCCGGGCUGCUGAAGCAGCACCGUGAGGCAGCUGCUGCAGCUGCUGCUCUGAUGCUGUCGGCUCUCAGCGAAACGUCAAACCCACAGAAACAGCAGCAGGAAGAUGCUGCAGCUGUUGCAGUUUCAGAGCUGGCAGCAGCAGCAGCGCCAGCUGCAGCUGCUCCUAUUGAAGACCUAACGGCUUUCGCCCUGCCCCGAUACCUGCGUUUUUGUCGCUGGCACAUUGUUCAAUUUCUCUGGAAGGAGGAGCAGCUGCAGCGGCUCUUGGAGCAGCAACAGCACCAACAGCAGCAGCAAACAAUAGUGGCGAAGGAGGGAUUCGCGCACGACCCGCCGAAGGCCAUUCAACAGGCAGAGCUGGCGGAAGUGAGUCGCGAGCUGACGGGUCUGUCAGUGCUGAUCUCCUCCUCAGUCCUUCAAGGCCUCAGCGACUUGCCAGGCAACAUGGCUGCCUCGAACGCUUCACUCGUUCUGGGCCUUGUUUUAGAGCUGACUGCUGCAUCGUCGCCGGAAAUGCGCAAUGAAGCCCGAAAGGCGAUGCAGCGGCUCCUCACCCGCGUCCUCCCGGGGCGCUUCUGCGCCUUGCAGCUGCUGCCUCCCCUGCUGCCCGCGCAUCCCGAGGCAGCUGCAGACCAGAAGACGACCAAGGCAUCGCAAGGACCACAGUGA